ACGCCGGCGGGCCCGGGAGCCUCGCGGACGUGACGCCGCGGGCGGAAGUGACGUUUUCCCGCGGUUGGACGCGGCGCUCGGUUGCCGGGCGGGGGAGGGCUUGUCCGGUUUCUCUCAGGGGACGUUCAAAUUAUUUUUGUAACGGGAGUCGGGAGAGGACGGGGCGUGCCCCGAAGUGCGCGCGUCCUCCUUCCCCGGCUCUUCGCCACCACUCACUGGCUCCUGCCCUGGGGGGGAGUCAUGCCGCCCAAAACCCCUCGGAGAGCAGCAGCCGCCGCCGCCGCCGCCGCCGAACCCCCGGCGCCGCCGCCGCCCCCUCCUGAAGAGGACCCCGAGCAGGACAGCGGCCCCGAGGACUUGCCUCUGCCCAGGCUUGUAUUUGAAGAAACUGAAGAACCUGAUUUUAUUGCAUUAUGUCAGAAAUUAAAGAUACCAGAUCAUGUCAGAGAAAGAGCUUGGUUUACUUGGGAAAAAGUUUCAUCUGUGGAUGGAGUGUUGGAAGGUUAUAGUCAAAGGAAAAAGGAACUAUGGGGAAUCUGUAUCUUUAUUGCAGCAGUUGACCUAGAUGAGAUGCCAUUCACCUUUACUGAGCUACAGAAAAACAUAGAAACCAGUGUGUACAAAUUCUUUGAUUUACUAAAAGAAGUUGAUACGAGUACCAAAGUUGAUAAUGCUAUGUCAAGACUGUUGAAGAAGUAUAAGGUAUUGUGUGCACUCUACAGCAAAUUGGAAAGGACAUGUGAACAUAUAUAUUUGACACAACCUGGCAGUUUGCUAUCUACUGAAAUAAACUCUAUGUUGGUGCUAAAAGCUUCUUGGAUCACAUUUUUACUAGCUAAAGGGGAAGUGUUACAAAUGGAAGAUGAUCUCGUCAUCUCAUUUCAGUUAAUGCUCUGUGUCCUUGAUUAUUUUAUUAAACUCUCACCUCCUGCAUUGCUUAAAGAACCAUAUAAAACAGCUGUAAUACCUUUUAAUGGUUCACCUCGAACACCAAGGCGAGGUCAGAACAGGAGUGCACGGAUAGCAAAACAACUAGAAAAUGAUACAAGAAUUAUUGAAGUUCUCUGUAAAGAACAUGAAUGUAAUAUAGAUGAGGUGAAAAAUGUUUAUUUCAAAAAUUUCAUACCUUUUAUGAAUUCUCUUGGAAUUGUAGCUUCUAAUGGACUUCCAGAGGUGGAAAGUCUCUCUAAACAAUAUGAAGAAAUUUACCUUAAAAACAAAGAUCUUGAUGCAAGAUUAUUUCUGGAUCAUGAUAAAACUCUUCAGGCUGAUCCUAUAGACAGUUUUGAAAUGCAGAGAACACCACGAAAAAGUAACUCUGAUGAAGAGGUGAAUACGAUGCUUCCGCAGACUCCAGUUAGGACCGUUAUGAAUACUAUUCAACAGUUAAUGAUGAUCUUAAAUUCAGCAAGUGAUCAACCAUCAGAAAAUCUGAUUUCCUAUUUUAAUAACUGCACAGUGAAUCCAAAGGAAAGUAUCCUGAAAAGAGUGAAGGAUAUUGGAUGCAUCUUUAAAGAGAAAUUUGCUAAAGCUGUGGGACAGGGAUGUAUGGAAAUUGGAUCACAGAGAUACAAACUUGGAGUCCGAUUAUAUUACCGAGUAAUGGAAUCUAUGCUUAAAUCAGAAGAAGAACGAUUAUCCAUUCAAAAUUUUAGUAAACUCCUGAAUGACAACAUCUUUCAUAUGUCUUUGUUGGCAUGCGCUCUUGAGGUUGUAAUGGCUACAUAUAGCAGAAGUACAUCUCAGAAUCUUGAUACUGGAACAGAUUUGUCCUUCCCAUGGAUUCUGAAUGUACUUAAUUUAAAAGCCUUUGAUUUUUACAAAGUGAUUGAAAGUUUUAUCAAAGCAGAAGCCAACUUGACCAGAGAAAUGAUAAAACAUUUAGAGCGAUGUGAACAUCGAAUCAUGGAAUCCCUUGCAUGGCUCUCUGAUUCACCUUUAUUUGAUCUUAUUAAACAAGCAAAGGACCGAGAAGGACCAGCUGAUCACCUUGAAUCUGCUUGUACUCUCAGCCUUCCUCUCCAGAGUAAUCACACUGCAGCAGAUAUGUAUCUUUCUCCAAUCAGAUCCCCAAAGAAAAAAGGAACUACACGUGUAAAUUCUACUGCAAACACAGAGGCACAAGCAACCUCAGCCUUCCAGACUCAGAAGCCAUUGAAAUCUACCUCCCUUUCACUUUUUUACAAAAAAGUGUACCGACUGGCGUAUCUUCGACUAAAUACUCUGUGUGCACGCCUUCUGUCUGACCACCCUGAACUGGAACACAUCAUCUGGACCCUUUUUCAGCACACACUGCAAAAUGAGUAUGAACUCAUGAGAGACAGGCAUUUGGAUCAGAUUAUGAUGUGUUCCAUGUAUGGCAUUUGCAAAGUGAAGAAUAUAGACCUUAAAUUCAAAAUCAUUGUAACAGCAUACAAGGAUCUUCCUCAUGCUGUUCAGGAGACAUUCAAACGAGUUUUGAUCAGAGAAGAGGAGUAUGAUUCCAUUAUAGUAUUCUAUAACUCAGUCUUCAUGCAGAGACUUAAAACGAAUAUUUUGCAGUAUGCUUCUACCAGGCCCCCGACUUUGUCACCAAUACCUCACAUUCCUCGAAGCCCUUACAAGUUUUCUAGUUCACCUUUACGAAUUCCUGGGGGAAACAUCUAUAUAUCACCCCUGAAGAAUCCAUAUAAAAUUUCAGAAGGUGUGCCAACACCAACAAAAAUGACUCCAAGAUCGAGAAUCUUAGUAUCAAUUGGUGAAUCAUUUGGGACUUCUGAGAAGUUCCAGAAAAUAAAUCAGAUGGUGUGUAACAGCGACCGUGUGCUCAAAAGAAGUGCUGAAGGAGGCAACCCUCCUAAACCGCUGAAAAAACUACGCUUUGAUAUUGAAGGAUCAGAUGAAGCAGACGGAAGUAAACAUCUCCCAGGGGAAUCCAAAUUUCAACAGAAACUGGCAGAAAUGACAUCUACCCGAACACGAAUGCAGAAGCAAAAAAUGAACGAUAGCAUGGAUACCUCAAACAGGGAAGAAAAAUGAGGAUCCCAUGACCUCACUGGGCACCGUAUACACCUGUGGCCUCAUUGUCUCUCACAGAGCAGACUGUGUGACUCUCCCAGGUUCUGUUUACGGCCGCAUUGGAUAUGAUCUUCAGCUCUUUUUACAGAUAUUGGAUCUCGAGUGUGCAGAUGGGCUUGCCUGUGCAUGCAGGGGAUUCCUAAGCCACUUGCAACGUCGUAGUCAGUAGAAUAUACAUUGUUAUUGCACAAGAUUGAAAAUCUUGUGUAAAUACUGCCAUUUAGAAAGUUGUAGCAGAUGUUUUCAUUUCCAAAAUAUAAUUGCUGUGCUCUACAAACGGCAAGGAUGCCCUGGGAGGGGCAUCCCAGCAACCCAGGCCUAUUUGAGUACUUUGUCUUUUCUUGUGGCAUAUAUGUGAUGUUUGCUAUUAUUUUAUUAAUUUAUAUUUAUAUAUUUUUUAAUUUAACAUGAACGCCCUUAGAAUAUGUGUCCUGUCUUCCAAAUGCAAUUUGGCUGACUACUUCCCCCUCACCCAAGUGAUCCUGAACUCUUCUGCUAAAACAGAUAUUAGAAACUAGAAAAAAAAAAUUACUAAUUUUUACACAUUAGAUUUUAGUUUACUAAUGGAAUUUGAUGUACUGUGUGCUUGUUUUAUAAAUUUUAGUUUUAAAAUACAAGCAGAAAGCAGAGUAUAAACAAAUGAUGUCGUCAUACUACUGAUACAGAUUUCAUACCUCAGGACUUGUAAGAAUUUAUUGAUCCUUUUCUCCAUCCAACUCCUGCUUUAAAGUGAGGGUUAUUAAUAGUACUCUUGGUUUUUAUAAACCAUUCAGAACCCCGAAUUCAGGAAGUACCCAUCUAGUACUUGGAAAAUAAAGUGUUCAGCUAGAGCUUUGCCAUAGAGGGCCCUAAGACAGGAUAUCCCAAGUGCACUUUCUAAUGUUUCUGGGUCCGAAGAAUCAAGACCUAAAAUAAUUUUACUCCACAGACUGUUAACUAUAGGAGCCUUAAUUUUUCUUUCUUAGAGGUUUGUUUAAUUGCAUCUCAGCAAUUAUUCUGCCCUCCUAAACUUGGGAAGGGGUGUGUUUUCUCGGGAAUUGUACAUGUCUUCCAUGUAUCUUUUGAGCUGGCAAUUGUCUAUUUAUCUUUUUUUUUUCUUUAAGUCAGUAUGGUCUAACACUGGCAUAUUCAAAGCCACAUCAUUUCUACUCCAAAAUUGCAAGUAAUCAAAGGUCUUUGGGUUAGGCAUUCAUGUUUCUAUCUGAUUUUGUGCAAAAGCUUCAACUUAAAACAGCUACGUUAGAAAAAGAGGCGCUUCCCCCCCCCCAGCACCUAAAGGUGUAUUUAAACUAUCUUGUGUGAUUAACUUAUUUAGAGAUGGUAUAAUUUAAAUUAGGUGAUAUUUAAGGUAGCAUCAGCUAGCUUUUAGGAAAAAUCACUUUGUCUACCCAGAAUUCUUUUUAAAAAGAAUUCUGGUCUUAUUUGUUAGAAAAUGACAUUUUAUUUUGUGCUCGGUUAAGUUUCAAACUUGUUAUCUUGAUAACAAAGGCACUAGAAAGCUUUCUCCCAUUUCCUCAUUAGUUUCUGCAUGAACAUCAUACAAAUCAGUUAGCUUUUAGGUCAAGGGCUACCAUAUUUCUGGGUCUUUAGCUAAUAAAGGUUUACGUUAGAGUUAGUGCCAGAAUUUUAGGAACUUCAGAGAUCAUAUAUUGAGAUUACUUACAUAAGGCUUCAGGUAUUGCUUUAUUGUUUUGUAUUGGUUAAAACUGUACAUUUAAAAUUGCUUUGUUACUAUUUUCUACAAUUAAUAGUUUAUUUUAAAAUAAAUUAGUUGUUAAGAGUC